UUUAUUAUAAUUUGCAAAAAUGGCUCCGCACAUGAGUUUAGUGAAAUUAGCAAAAGAAUUUGCAACACAUGUUCAAUUGCGAGAAUUUGUAUUCAUACAUAAUUUAUUGCCACCAAGUAAGAUUUGUCCAUCUUGUGGAAGUGAAAUGAGUUUAUUGUACAGUGAUAACAAAGUUAUUGGAACUUUCAGAUGUCAGAAAAGGAGUCGGCACCCAAAUAAAAAAAACAUUAAAAUUACACAAAGUGAAGGUACCUGGUUUGUGGGCGGUCAUAUUGAAGUAGAAAAAGUUUUUCAAUUUUCUUAUAAACAGGUCAUAAAUGAAUGCAACUUAUCAGAUGAAGAUACCACUGUUAGUCGUGAAACUAUUGCUAACUGGUAUACAUUUUGUCGCGAGAUGUGCACAAUCGCAUUAGACAAACAAUAUGAAGCAGACGGCGGGCUUAUCGGCGGAGACGGGCAUCUCGUCGAAAUCGAUGAAAUGAAGCUUGGGAGGCGGAAGUACCACAUGAGGAAGAGUGGUGGAGGGAAACUGGAUCCUUGGUCUAAUAGAUCGCGACACAAAAGAGUUUAGAUUGGAAAUUUGUCCAAAUAACAAACGCGAUGAAACAACUCUCAUGUCUCUCAUCAUUAAACACGUGGAAAAAGGAACGGAGAUAAAUACGGACGGCUGGGCGUCAUACGCUGCUCUAAAAGAGCACGGUUACAAACACAGCACCGUAAAUCAUAGCGAUACCUUCGUGGCUGCCGAUGGUACGCACACAAAUACAAUUGAGAGUCACUGGAGGCCCAUGCGUAGAAGACUCGCUCGCGGAGGAAUCACGCGCGAGGCAUUAGCAGACCACCUCUGCGAAUUUCUAUGGCAUCGAGAGCAACGGCGCCUAAAUCGUGAUCCGUUCUUAUCACUAUUGAACACAAUUGCAAAUGUCGCGCACACUCCCCCAAUACCUGUUUAA